ACUCAGCACUCCCAACACAGGCAAAAGCAUUCACAAUAAGAGCAUCAAGUCAUGUUUAGAUAAAGAAUAGGGUAUUGCUUUAAAGUAAAAAUAAAAUUAAACAUAUGAAAGGCUCUAAAUUCCAUCAAGGGGGGUAUUCCAACAAAAAUUCCAUCGCUAAGACCCAAUAUCCGCUCGUAUUAUGUAUCCUCCCUCCUUUGCCAAAUCCUUCCCAUCCCUUUCCUUAAUGUGUGUGUCUGUGUGUGUGUGUGUAUUUUGUCCGGCCUGGCCGCUCCAAGUGGGGCCGGACGCCGAACCCGAACUGAUCGGGAGAAGCGCCGUUGGUGCUUUUUCGCGCCCGUUUUAUAUUGUAUUCAAUCUCAGUAGAGAGAGAAAUAAACAAAAGAAAAUGUUGAAACCGAAAGUGUAUAGAUCCUAUAGUAUCUAAAAGAUCUUCAAAGACGUAUUCGCUUUUUGUGAUUUGAAUGAUAUCGGUGAUCGAGUGUGUCGUUUACUGCUUCUCGGCCUUCUCAACGUGAAAAGACGAAGACGAGCUGGUGCGGCCUCGGGGGCUGACGGGUCUCGACUGAGCAGGGGUGUUCGUCUCGGAGCAGUUGGACGACUCGGGGUAGUCGAGCUCACAGGCGGGCUUGUUGUAGCAGUAGUGGCAGGGGCAGGCGACGACCCUGUUGAUGGGAGGUCGGGGGGUGCAGUGGCGGGCCCACCAGCUUUGUCCUUGAGAAGAAGGCAUAGUGAUUGUGAGUGAGUUUGUUGAUGAGAGAAAGAGU